UCACAGCUUGAGGUGAGAUUUGUUAGCUAAUAAAUGCGUUAUAUUUUGUAUUGAUUAAAAAACUUUGUACCAAGAAAACAUUUUGUCCCUUUUUUUGUCCAUUUUUCAGAUUGUUUUGAAUUGUAUUCUGUGUGUUUAUUGUACGUACAGAGUGUGCACUACAGAUCCUGGGAAUAAAAGUUAUAUUUAUUGUUAUUAGAGAUAAGACAUCAGUUUUUAUUCAGAUACAGAAGGACUCGAAUCGCAAACUUCAUUGUUAUUAUCGACCGAUUUAUCCCACUUCUCUUCGCUUUAUAAAAAACCUCAGUCCAAUGUUUGUUUACAUCUUUUCACCACCAGAAAAUAUUCCGUGGCACUAGUCAUCACUGAGACGUGCAGUGAAAUUUCUCGAGACUCUAAACGAAAUCAUAUUUCCGAAGUGAAACAAUUGCAUUCGAGUGAUUCAUAAUGCCAAUUUGUGAAUAAUUAAUUCCUUUACUAUUUUUGGGUGUAAGUGGUAUGAAAAUGUGUCAAUGAGUCUCGAUAAGACCGGUUUCGCUAGGAGAUAAGAUCCUCAAGUGUAAGUGCAAUCAUCAGAACGUCACGGUUUCAAGAACUGACAACUGGUGACCGCAAUGAUGGAUGAUGACGACCAGGAAGAGUUGCGCUGUGCCGUCAGUGACGUGGAAAUCGAGGAGUAUACGGAUACGGAAGAAUCACCAUACGGUGCUUAUCAAUCCAUGGAUAAGCUGUUUGACACUGACCAACCGUGUUGGCAAAAAUUCGGUUUUCUGACGACACUUACUGUUCUCGUUGCAUCAAUUACAUCAUCUAUUGUCACAUUUCCAUUGUAUCUCGAGAGUGUCAGCUCCGCUGCUAAUGCGUAUUCUGGUCUCCUGUUCAUCGCAUUCUUCUCGACCUGUAUCCUCGGUGUGAUCUGUUUUAUGGUAGAGAGAAUCUCUCCACCACCUGCCCUCAUUCCUAACAGCUUGAGGAUAAAAAUUCCACGAUGUAGCCUGGCAAAAAUAAGUGGGAUAUACGCGUUAUCUGGUAUCUUAGCUACUCUCUCACUGGAUCAAAAUCGAGUGCUCUGCCACCUCCAGGAUCCUAUCAAAGGGAUUACCCUCGUUUUUUCACUGGUUUACUAUUUCUUCUUCUGUCGUAAAAUGAUGAGUCUCCAGCGAAUUUUCUCCAGUACAACAAUCAUCGUGGGACUGUUUAUAAGUGUUGACUAUGGCCUCUGCGAUGAAUUUCGGUGCAGGGGAAGGGAAGUCUCUGGUCAUACCGUCAAAAUGAGGGGCCCCUGGGGAGCAAGGGCCAUUUGGACCCUAGUCUAUGUUGCAGCACUUGCACUUUUCGCCAUGUUCUUCACGUUGCUAGAGCUGCAUUUUACGACUGGACAACAAAAUAUCUGCAGACUCUCCACAACUCAGCAGAAUUCCUUCCUCUACACAGUGUCAAGAUUGGUAUCAUCACGCGAUAUCAGACGAAGAGGAUCCGAGGAAGAGGGUGGCCGAUUACUCCACGUAACCGAUCCAGACCCAACGAUAAAGCAAAAACAUUUUCCCAAGCCCCCAGUGCUCAACAGUCUACUCCAGAUACAUGCCCUAGCCCUGCUAGUCAUCAUAGGAUUCAGCUGGAUCGAUACACUCCCCGGAAUUGGCAGGGGAUUACCUCCGAAGGAUUUAUUAGAGACGAUCCAGCAUGGGUUUAAGUGUCACUUCUGGGGUGGCUCCACUUGCUCAAAUGUUGCCGGGCAUGGAUGGAUAUUUCUCCUUUCUUACAUUAUUUUUAUUAUCUCAGCUGUCAAUUUUCUAUCCAUGUGCGAGAGUGCUGUCUUCACUGUUGCUGCCACCACUAUUUCAUUACCACUCUCUGGAAUUUGGUGGAGUAUUUAUAGGAUGGAUGUGGGAAUUAAUACAGCCUCAAUAUCCUGGUCACCUGGUGUAACUGGGGAGCUCAUCUGUGCUCUCUUGGGUCUUCCAGUGGUCCUCUUGGGUUUGGGACUGCUGAUUAGGUCCCACUUCAGGGACACUCAGCCCAUAUACCAAUCAAUACCACCCCCCGAUUUGCAUCGGGACAUAUGCCAGAGAUGAAUCGCCACUUAAAAUUGUUAAUCCAUCCUAGCUAGUCCAGUGCUUGUGCAUCAUCAUAAUUUGCAUAGAAGAAUGUCCGAACCCAUGAUGAUGAUGCAGUCAAGGCACAUCGCUGCGUUACAGAUGCCGUUCCACGUCGAUAAAUAAAAAAGCCAAGAUGUUUAAUAAUUACUAUGUCAUGCCAAGAGGAAAUUCACCGAGCCAAAUUAUCGUCAAUUCGUAUAUUGUUGCGGUUGUUAGCUAGUCUUUCUACUGAGUAUCCUUUAUACAUUUGCGUUUUUAAUAUUUUCGUGAAACAAUAGGAGGGGAGUGACAUAAUUGUUUGGGUGAGAUAUUUUUGGUAAUUUUCUAGGGAAACGAUUGACGAGAUCAAAGAAGUUUAACAGCUUUUUAAGAAAUACUCCGCAACAUUUAUAGAUAAAUUUCAAAACUUUUUUUCCCACUCAAUUUAUGGUUUUAAUCUUUAGUAAUAAUUUUGUUAUUAAUACUGCGAAGGUACAAGGUGCGCUAGAACACUAUGAGAUUCUUGAGGAAAAAAUGUUUGCAUUUUAGAGGUGAUGCAUAAAGGGAUUAAUUUACUUUAACUUUUCCGGUGGAUAGAAACAGAAUGAAUUUAACUUUUCAUUUUUUUCAUAACGCAUUAUCAUAAAUUUUCGAUUUUCUCAGAUUUUCAUAUCGAAAUUUAAUACGGAAGGGUCUGAGAUCUGUAACCAGAUCUGUAACAUGUUGUCAAUUCCGUUGAUUUCGAAAAAACUCAGAUUACCAAAAUAAUAUUAUAGAUAUAAUAUGUCCAAAUAUAAUAUCUCAUCUCCAUCAAUUUCACCACUUCCCCAAACAAUUUAAUUUUAUCAACAGCUCAAAUUGUUUAAUGCAAAUAGAGAAAUAAGAAAUUAAGAAAUAACUCAAUGUAUAGUAGUUUUAUAGAUAAUCCAAAAAGGGAUGGAAUUUUUUAUUUACCAAUUUGUCAAUGUUUCUAUUUACUCGGAUGAUAGAUAAGCAAUCGCCCUGGUAGUUUGCUUUCGUAAAAAGCGGAGGCUGAAUAAUUUUCAGUAUUACUAGGUAUAAGAAAUUAGAAACCCAAAUAAUAAGUGCUCAUGAAAAGUCCAAUGUCACCCAAUGAAAAAGUGUUGAAGACAAAUAGUAAAGACGUUAGGAAUUAUUUUUUAUCAUUUUCGAGUGUUCCUUUAGGGAUACAUUUUAUGGAUGUGCCUGCUGGCAGUUUUAUCUCGUCUAUUUUAUCAUUUCUCCUCCAGACGUUCAUUUUAUGGAUAUAGAUGUGCCAUUUUAACGUUUUAAUAAUCAGUGGUCAUGGAAAAAUGGAUAAACAAUUGUUAUCCAACACGUAAUCGUAAAUAUAAGCCAGAAAAAUGCAAAUGUUCCACUAAUUCGUUGAAAGUCAGUCAUUAUCAGUAACGAGCCAAAAACGUCCAUGUUUUUAUAAUAAGAAAAAGCCAUUAACAAUAAAUGAUAUCCUCAUAGACAGAUGUGUAGACGCAAAGGAGCGACUGAAGCCAAUUAACUUACACUGCAAAAAUAAAUCACAAGCUAAAGUAAACGGAAUCAUGACAACGAUUUGUUAGACAACUGUUGGUCGUUAAUGAUGAGAAAAUUUUUAUACUCGGUGUUACUAUGGAACUUGUAACAAGGAAUUUCAAUAGAUUUUUUUUUUCGCUGUGUCUCCUCUUUGCGAUUCACCGAUAGUUGUAGAACCGAUGGAAAUUAUACAUAUGAAUAAACUUUUAGACGUGAUCUUGUAAUUGUUAAACUGUUGUGGAAAAUAUGAAAAUCAAAAAAAAAAUGAUUGGAAAAAAUAUAUUAAUCUGAUAUAUAUUUU